AUGGUAUGCGACUUGCCAAAAACAAUUCGCGACGCUAUUACAGUUACAAGGGCCACGGAGGUCCGAUAUCUCUGGGUUGAUGCACUAUGCAUCAUCCAACCAGACAACGACAACUUUCUUGGCGACUGGAAUACUGAAGCAGCCCAAAUGGGCAGCUACUAUUCUAAUGCUCUAUUCUGCAUCUCAGCUCUUUGCACAUCAGAUAGCUCAGACGGAUUUCUUCGAGAGAGGCACUCUGCUCGAUACCCAUGGAGAAAAGAGGAGUGCAUCCAGCAUGAGGAAAACUUUUUUUCCAUCAUACCAUCUAAAGGACUAAAUGAUAUCAAAAUCAGACAUAUGCCAUUGAUGGAACGCGCUUGGGCUCUACAAGAAAGAAUUUUAUCAACUCGAAGAUUACACUGGAGUGGGAUCGGUCUGUUGUGGGAGUGUGACAGUGGCCUGUUCCAAGAGAAUCAGCCUCUUCGGAAUCUGCGCCAGCAGCAUAAUGAGAAUUAUAUUGGUGCAAGAACCGAUAAUUUCAUACGAGAGGUCUUGAUUCAAUACUCGGACAUGCAGUUGACAAAACCAACAGACCGUCUCGCUGCCAUCCAUGGAGUUGCCCGUCGUCUCUCAUUACAACACAAUGUGGAAUACUUUGGUGGAAUCUUCAAGGGAUUUUAUUCAAGAGCUCUUCUUUGGGAAUGUACGAAGAUCGGACAUGAAGAAGAUGGCUUCAUUCGAAAGGAUUUUCCUAGCUGGUCUUGGGCUUCAGCUGUCAAGUUCGGUUACGACCGCAACUACUUUUUAGGAAAAUCUUCUUCGAGGAUCAAAGAUCUCAUUCGAUAUGCCAAUCCGGGACAGCCUACAUCUCUUGAUGAAAUCAUAGACUUUAGAGACCGUUCUAAGCGAAAGCUUGCGUUGAGAGCUCCUUUGAUUUCGAUGAAACUAGAACCGCAAGAACCCAUUCAGCCAGAAAUUUCGACAUCAUAUAAUGAUUUUUAUCGGACCAUCGACGGUCCAAUCUGGAAAGGACAGAAAAUCUACUGCCAUAUGGAUUGUAAGAUGAAAUCUCCGGAACCAUCGGCAGUGACUCUCCUCAUAUGUUAUGGAGACUUUGGACAAGGGAUGAGAACCGCACCAGACAAUACAGUCCCUUACAAGGGUCUAAUAUUGAGAAUAUCGGAGGAAGACGGGCCUGGUGCGUUCGUGCGACUAGGUCAUUUUAGGGUUUACAUUCCUUGGUCGGAGGAGGAGGAGGAGGGAGGCUAUCUUAAUGACUGGGAGACAGACGUUUAUUUAUUUUAA